AUGUUUUCCUAUCUAUUCCAGUUCGUUAUUUUUAUCUGUUUAACAGUGAUUCCUUUCAUAAUUACAAUGGAAACUAUUUCCUCCUAUGAAACGAUGAAACAACCAACUAUUUAUUUUAGUGAUACCAACAAAGAAACAAUCAACGUAGCACGACAAACCAAUACUUCUAACUUAAAUACUUUGUUGUUGAAAUUUUGGGUUCUAUCCAUUUUCUUCCAAAUUAUUUUACCAAAGACACCGAUCAUCAAAUCCAUUUAUUCAUUAAUCCCGUUACAUUUAUCUAUCGUCUCCCUAAUCUCUUUAACGUUAUCAUACGAAUUAAUUUGUCAUUUUAAAGACAAUGCCAUGAUCCAAAAACAAAAAAACACUUAUUUAAAUAAACUAUAUGACAAGUUCAAUGCACCUUCAGUCUCAAGUUGGGACCUGAUCUCUUCCUUAUUCUAUACACAAACCUCUUCUUUGAAUAAUGAUUUCAUCUUUGGCAAGUUGACUGAAUUUAUAAUUACUGUUCCUGAACUUUGCAAAUUAUCAAAUCCAAGAAUCGUCUCUUCGUGCUAUAAUUAUUUGGAAUAUAAAAUCAUUAGCAAGAGCUCUUCAUUGGUUGCUCGUUUAUUCUUCUUCAAUAACAAUAAGAAAAGGAAUAACAAAAUGCAAUCAACAAGACAUUCAAAUAUUAUUGAUAUCUCAAAAUUAGAAAAUAUCCCAUUGACAAAUUCAUAUUCCCGUUCUCAUACUAAUAAAAAUAAUGCUAACAUUUUACAACAAGAACGAGAUGAGGAGGAAGAGUAUGAUUUGUUAGAAGAUUUAUGA